CUCAUUAUUUUUAAUUUCCUCGAUAAAAGGAAAGAUUUUCAUCUUAUCAAAGAUGUGAAAGCAGUUUUGAUUUUGGAUUUAAACGAGGAGCGAAAAAUUGAACUCAGUUUUAGGCUGUUGGGAAAAAGCUAAGAGAUGAAGAAAAUGAUCUUCAGACUUCUGCUAGUUUGGACUGCGCUAUCAUUUUCAAGUGUAGUUUGCAUCAAAACUGUCCACGGCGAAGCGUAUCGAAGGGAACUCGACAAAUAUUUACGAAGCAAGUUUGUGACGUUUGCUAAAAAAGGUUUUGAAGCAUCGAACAAUUUUCGMGCCAUUCAUCACUCUCCUCCACUGAAAUGGUCAGACAAACUCGCCGCUCGAGCGCAAAAACUCGCCUAUCAAAUGGCGCUAAACGGUAGCAUCCAAGCCCCAGGYAUUGAUCAACUAGGGGAGAACAGAGCCAAGCUUUCUGCUGUGAACUAUGACUGCGAAAUGGCCGGAGAAGAAGCCGCGCGYAUAUGGUAUUCUCAGGGAUCUCAUUAUAGUUACUCAGACCCACGUAUGAACAGUGAUACCGAUUCGUUUACUCAGUUAAUUUGGAAAAAUACCCGCGAUGUKGGAAUGGGAUGCGCUCAAAGRAAAGGCUCUGUAACUAAUGAAAUCUACGUCGUUGCUCUUUACUACCCAUCGGGGAAUUCAGAAGCCGCUUUGAGAGAGAAUGUUACAGAUCCCAAGCGUGUUGGAACGAAGGACGUGUAUGCAACGAUAUAUCGUCGUGAACAUUUAGAAAAAGAUCAUCAAUAGCACUUUAUAUGAAAGGACAUUGUCAGUUAUCAGGGCAUGCUCUAUAUUGUAUUAAAUUCCAUGGGUCUUAGAGUUUUUACGCACUUCUGCUGAUUAUAUAUCAUACGCAAAAACUAGCAGAAAAAACAGCAUUUUAAUAAAUAAAAUAUUUAUAUAUCAGAGUGAUUG